UCGUAAUCAACUAGAGACAGACAACUGAUGGCGGCAAGCAGCGGUAGGCCACUUGCACAUGAUAAGCCUGAGCAAUGAAUCCUUCUACUCUUCGGUGCAUGAAUUGCAGAGCUUCUCUGUUUUGUGUUUAUUCAAGAUCACUGAAAGACUCGGAGUAUUGGCUAGCUAAUGGAUUUCGCUUCAUAAUCGGUAGGCGCCCCUUCUCAAAGGGAUCACCGAGUCAUCUUACUCGCCUCGACACAUCGGCCAAGACAAAAAAGGAUCACAUAUCUGUCCUUGGAGAAAACUACGUAAAAGAUGAGAUGUCAAACGUUACGGGGGGUUUGCUCAAGAAGGUUGAAAGUAAACUUCAUUUGAGGAAACACCACCCUCUCGGAAUGAUAAAGUCGAGUAUAGAAAAUCACAUGCAUGGACAUUACAGGUCUCGACAUGGGGGCUGUAUAUUCGCAGCCGUUGACAACCUUAGUCCAGUUGUGACAACUGAGCAAAACUUUGACAGCCUUCUUGUGCCAAAAGAUCACAUCAGUAGGCUGAAAAAUGAUAAUUAUUACAUUAACAAGUCAAUGAUGUUGCGCGCACACACAUCUGCACAUCAGAGAGAUCUGAUAAAAAGUGGGUGGGAUGCAUUUUUAGUCACUGGUGAUGUAUACAGAAGAGAUGAAAUUGAUAAAAGUCAUUACCCUGUCUUUCAUCAAAUGGAGGGAGUCAAGCUUUUUAGCCAAAAUGAACUUUUUUCAGAAUAUGUGAAAGAUGGAUUGAAAAUCAUGGAACCAAACGGAACUAGAACAGAGGAUAAACAGGAAUUCCACACAUUAGAGGCUGCAAAAUUAGUUGAGUUUGACUUAAAAAAUACAUUGCAAAAGUUAUUUGAAGACUUAUUUGGUGAGGAUACAGAGAUGAGAUGGGUAGAUGCAUACUUCCCUUUUACUCACCCAUCAUGGGAGCUCGAAGUAAAAUUUGAAGGCGAAUGGAUGGAGAUGCUUGGCUGUGGCAUCAUGGAACAUGGCAUUCUAGUCAAAGGUGGAACAUCUGACAAGAUUGGAUGGGCAUUUGGAUUGGGUCUAGAAAGAAUUGCAAUGAAAAUGUUUGACAUUCCAGAUAUUCGUCUAUUUUGGAGUGAAGAUGAAAGGUUCAUAAACCAAUUCAAGGAUGGUAUUGAUGUCAAAUUUAAGCCAUUUAGCAAAUACCCACCAACCUUCAAGGACAUCUCAUUUUGGAUAAAUGAAAGUUUUUCACCAAAUGACUUAUUUGAAGUUAUUAGAUCAACUGCUGGUGACAUAGUUGAAGAGAUGAAACUUGUGGAUGAAUUUACCCACCCUGUAACAGAGAAGACUAGUCAUUGCUACAGAAUUACAUAUCGAUCAAUGGACAAGACAUUCACUGAUGAAGAAAUCAAUGCCAUACAAGAGGAAGUCAGGACUUCAGUGGCAGCUGAGUUGAAUCUCAAGCUUAGAUAAAUAGUCUUGUAGUCUUUUUGUAGAUAUAGUUAUAGUAUAUGUAAUUUGUGAGUAAUUUUCUCAAAAAAACUGCAUCACCCUUUCCAAUUAACAAAUAGUUCCUUUUAUGGU